AUGGCAAAUAAUCCUGUAGACGAAUUAUCUCAAAGAGAAGAAAAAAAACAUGUGUUCAAAGACUCAACUUUUGACAACACCAAAACUAACAAUGGAAAAAAAAAAUUGUGGCGUUCAUUAAAGCAAAUAACAGCUCAAGAAAGAAGUUUACCCUGGCCUGAUAACUCGGUUAAUUAUAGCAGUAUUUCUGCUCCCCCGUCAUUCAAACCAGCCAAAAAAUAUUCAGAUAUCAGUGGAUUAAUUGCUAAAUAUAAAGAUCCCCAAACAUCUUUAUACUAUGCCGGACAUGAAGAAUUCAGUACCGUAAGAAAUUUGCCUAGUGAUAUUAUUACUGGAUAUCUAACUUUACGAGGAUCAUAUAAUCCUAUUGGAUAA